AUGACGGACUACGACGAGCGAGCGUCCAACAUGUAUCUGCCCAGCUGCACUUACUACGUCUCCACGCCCGAUUUCACGUCCGUCUCCUCCUUUCUGCCGCAAAACACCUCCUGCCAGGUGAAUUUCCCCUACUCGGCCAACAUCGGGCAACCUGUCCGGGAGGUCUCCUUCAGGGAUUACGGACUGGAGCACCCCAGCAAAUGGCACUACCGGGGCAACUACGCGUCCUACUACUCCUCGGAGGAGCUCAUGCACCGGGAUUUGAUCCAGUCGUCGUUCAAGAGCGAGCCCCUGUACGGCGGCGCCCACGCCGGCGCCGGCUCGCCGUGCAACCUCUUCCCCGGGGUGGGACGCAACGGGGUCCUGCCGCAGGGCUUCGACCAGUUCUUCGACGGCGAGAAAAGCACCGCGGAGGCGCUGCCGCCGCCGCCGCCGCCGCCGCCGCCGCCGAGGCCCCGGCAGAAGAUCACGAGCGACGGCGGCGAGGACGCAUCCGGAGACCCCAAAGUGGACGACGCGGCGGCCAGCGCGGACGACGACUCGUCCUCCAACUCCUCGUCCAGCAAGUCCCGGAAGAAAAGGUGUCCCUACUCCAAGUACCAGAUCCGAGAACUUGAACGAGAGUUCUUCUUCAACGUGUACAUCAACAAGGAGAAACGCCUGCAGCUCUCUCGGAUGCUCAACCUGUCCGACCGCCAGGUCAAGAUCUGGUUCCAGAACAGAAGGAUGAAAGAGAAGAAGCUCAACCGCGACCGUCUACAGUACUUCACUGGCAAUCCCCUCUUCUAACACAAACACGCAUAUACAAUAUAUAUGUGUAUGUAUACACGCCAAAGACUGCUCCCUUAUGC